AUGGCUGCAUCGCCCGCCGCCGCGUUUCCCACGCCUUCCGUCGAGGCCGGGAGGGGCCAGCAUCAGCACGUGUCGCACGUGCCGGCAUAUGGCCCGCCCCAGCCACAGCCGCCGUCUCACACUCAGUCCCAACACCAGCCACAGCCGCAACCACCGAAAUCACAGCCACAUCCAGACCUCGGCUUGCACUCUUCAUCAUCAGCCUCGUCUUCUCACAACCAGCAAAAGCAAAAGGAACAGCAGCAGCAGCAGCAGCCUCCUCCUAAGCGACGCCGGAUUGGAUAUGCCUGCAACCUCUGUCGCACGAAGAAGAACCGCUGCGAUGGCGAGCGGCCGUCUUGUGGGCCCUGCAAGGAGCGGCGCCAGGAGUGCGUCUACAGCCCUCAGCGCACCAAGAUCUCUGUGACGCAAGAGUACAUUGAGAAUCUGCGAGCGCGGAACCGUAUGCUCGAGGAGCAUCUGGCCACCCAGCAAUCUCAGGGCUCUCACUCGCCUCUCGAAAGCACAUACUCGAAAGAGUCGCCCUUUGCUCCCCGUCUAUCCCUAGAUCGGCAACCGGGUGAUGGUGCAAGGCAACAGCAAUAUCCAAACCUUUCCUCACCUACAUCUACGGCAGAGGGUUCUUCGGCCUAUCCUCGUCAGCAACAUGAUAGGAUGGCAUCAUUCAGUGACCGCUCAACGGCAGCUGUACAGCGGCAGCAUCAGUCUGACAGUAAUCAACGUGGCGAUCAACCAAGGAGUAGUCAUUCCGCCCUGCCGGGGGAGUAUUUUGGAGAGUCAUCAGCUUUCGACUUCAUUACGAAGGUGACAUCGCCAAACACCACAGAUGCUACAGCAGGCAGUUCGGCAGCUGCUGCGACUCCGGCAACCGGCGCCAGCAGUGGUGGUACCGCCACUACCAGCACGACAGCAACGACGGGGAAGUCGGCAACGGCUAUCACUGCGAGGAGAAGCAUUGCCGAGGCAUCUGGGCUCAGUGCCGGCCUGAAUUCCGAAUCACUGGCAGAGUCGUCCCCGUCAACAGUCGUGUUCGAGGAACUUCUGGGCAUCGGCGGGGGUAUAGGGGACAAUCAUGGGAGCAGUGAUUUGUUCGAACUGCCUCAACGAUCCUUGGCCGACCGCCUGGUGACGUCGUAUUUUAAACAUCGACACCCCCUGAAUCCGUAUAUACACGAGGGCACAUUCCGCCAGCGUUAUGCACGGCUGUGGCUCAGCAGAGAUGUGGGCGGCGAGGAGGCGGCCCCCAACAACUUGGCCUGGCUGGCGGUCGUCAACAUGGUAUUUGCGUUUGGUAGCGAGCAUGCGCAGGUUCGGCCGCCUUACAAUGGAAGCCCAGCCGGCUCAGCCUCAGCAAAGCCAGACCGCGCCCGCUUCUUCAAACGAGCCAAGGUGCUGGCCUUUUCAAGCAUAUUGCAGGCCAGGAUCGAACUCGUCCAGGCGUUGCUGCUGAUGAGUCACUAUCUGCACGGCUCGCUGGAGCUCAAUCAUUGCUGGACCGUCAUCGGGCUGGCCAUCCGCACAGCGCAGGAGCUGGGGCUCUAUCUUGACUCUACCAACUUUACAAAUGACACUGUCGAGCAGGAGAUUCGCAAGCGAGUGUGGUGGGGUUGCUUCGUCAUCGACCGCCUCGUCAGCAUCAAGGUUGGGCGACCCCCUACGAUUCACGACAUUCCUGCCAUUCGCGUCGGUCUGCCUCUUGCGGUGGAUGACGAGUUUCUCGACGAGGCGUCCAAUUACACUCAGCCGAGCCAUAUCCCGUCCAAGAUUGAGUUCUUCAACCACAUUGUGACACAAUGCCGCUUGCUCGCCAAGGUGCUCGACACGUUGUAUGACAACACGCCCAGUAGCAGCGGUAGCAUUGGAGGCAGCAGUAGCUCAUCAUCAGCAAGUCGCGAGAACAGAGUUCGCAUCAAGAUUGACUUGCCGGAUCUUCUGGCCAUGUCGAUCCAGCUGGACGGCGAGCUGGUAGUUUGGCAGAGCCUGCUGCCUCCACAUUUGCGCGCGGACUCGGAUAACCCAGAAUGGCACUUUGAGCGACAGCGAAGUGUCUUGCUCAUGCGCUUUCUUCAUAUUCGACUCCUUAUCCACCGUCAGACACUGCUUUACCACAUUUUACGCCGCAUAUCUGAUCCCUUCCAGCUGGAUCUUGCGCAUCUGUGCAUCCGCCGAUGUGUCAUGGCGGCAUACGAUGCCAUCACCCAGGUGCAUCUCUUGCAGCAACACAACCUGCUGUCGUCCUCAUGGCACAACUCACAUUACGUCUUCACAGCCUUGAGCGUCCUGCUGGUCUACCAGCACCUGGACCCUUAUUCGCGCGCAAAGAUUGACAUACCGCCGUCGUCGGACAUCGAUAGCGUCAUUGGCCAAGGCUUGGAGCAUUUGCAACGUGUUGGUGGGGAAAUGCAUCCCCUUGCUUCACGUUAUGUCCGCUCCUUUCAGCAGCUGCAAGCACGGUUGCAGGCGAUUGGAACGCUCUCCGCGAAUGCACCGCCAUUAGCUGUCCGCGGUAAGCAGCCACUGUCAACGAAGGAGGAUGGCGCAUCAGGAUACGGCCCAGCGCGUACGGCGAGCUCUGCGACCGAUUCCGACCAGAGCAGUAGCAACAUUGAUUCGACUACGAGCGGAAGCACCGGUAAAGGAUCUGUAGCCAUGACAGAUCAAGGCCAGGAACACGGCGGAGUAAACUAUGAUGGCGGGGAUGGAUACCAGGAGCAGACGGUUGAGUAUGGGGCCGAUGGCUUCAUGUGGGCCGGGUUUGAUGACGAGUUUGCGGUGAUCCAGAGCGCCUUGCUGGAUAGCAGCGGGUGGGGGCCUGGGUUUCUGGAUCCUUGGGCGCAGGGAUGA